AUGAAGAUUACAGAACAGAAAACACACGAGCAGAAAACAAACAUCAGAGAACUGACCGCCACAGUUACAGAGCAGAAAACACACAUCAGAGAACUGACCGCCACAGUUACAGAGCAGAAAACACACAUCAGAGAACUGACCGCCACAUUUACAGAGCAGAAAACCAACAUCAGAGAACUGACCGCCACAGUUACAGAGCAGAAAACACACAUCAGAGAACUGACCGCCACAGUUACAGAGCAGAAAACACACAUCAGAGAACUGACCGCCACAGUUACAGAGCAGAAAACACACAUCAGAGAACUGACCGCCACAGUUACAGAGCAGAAAACACACAUCAGAGAACUGACCGCCACAGUUACAGAGCAGAAAACACACAUCAGAGAACUGACCGCCACAGUUACAGAGCAGAAAACACACAUCAGAGAACUGACCGCCACAGUUACAGAGCAGAAAACACACAUCAGAGAACUGACCGCCACAGUUACAGAGCAGAAAACAAACAUCAGAGCUUUAGAGACGAAACUGAGGGAAGAGAUCAACAAGAAAAAUGAUGAAAUCUCAAAUCUUACUCUGGGUCAAGUGGAGUUGAGAAAGGAAAAUAGAGACAGAAAAAUAGCUUUUUCAGCUUCACUGAUGCAAUCUGGCAGUGGAUAUAUUGGUCCUUUUACCACUGAAAUCACACUAAUGCCGAAGUCUGAACUCGGCAUAACCUACAGCAAAGUCUUCACAAACAUAGGGAACGCCUACAACCCAAUCACAGGUGUUUUCACAGCCCCGCUGAAAGGAGCGUACAUGUUCAGAAUCUCUGUAUUUGGUUAUGGCGGAACUGCAGCAACUGCAACUAUUGUUAAGAAUGGAGAGCGUGUGGUUAUUGCAGAUGAUCUUCAAGCAACGGGUCGGUUAAGCUCCUCGAAUGGAGUUGUGUUGAUCCUGGAGGUUGGAGAUGUUGUCUAUGUGAGACUUUGGCCUAACACGAGGAUAUUUGAUAGCCAGAAUAACCACUGCACUUUCAGUGGUUUCCUACUGUUUCCCUUAAGAUAACAGGAGCUUUGCAGAAUGUGAUUCCAAUAAUUCUGAACCUUCAGCGUAUGA